ACGAUGGCGCUUCUGUCAUACUACAGACAACGGAUUUUUUGUGUUAUUCAUUUAUGUUGAGUAUAUGAAUGUUUGUUGACUUGUAAGCUUCAAGUUCAUUAAGAUUAGAAGGACUGACACGGUUGACUGGCUAACUGGCCAAACAUUUCGAUAUAACACUGUAGACUAAGAUCGAUACCUGGCUAACUAUCUGGCUAGUUUAUAAUGUUGUUAAGUGUAUUACAAGAAAAAGAAGCAGGGGGAUUCGUUGUCAUCCAGGACACAGCUAGUUAUUCAGGACGGCAACUGCUGAAGUAUUACAUAAAUUGUGCUAUAAAGAGCGAGGAGAUUGUUCAUGUAUUGGGUUUUGAAGUUCCUGAGCAGGAGAUUCGCAAGGGCUUGGACAGGAAUUAUGUGCACUUGUUUCAUUUUCACAAUGCAUACAGUGACCCUCUGGGCUGGACCAAGCAGUCUUCAUUCAGAGUGAAGCACUUCACCACACCUCACAUUAUACAGCUGGUCAAUAAGACACAAAAUGCCAAAGCUACGAUACUUGUCAUUGACUCAUUGUCUUGGGUUCUAAGGCACCAUAACCCUGCUGUUAUCUGUCAGGAACUUCAGAAGCUUAAAAGAGCAGAAGGUUCUAUAAGGAUGACUUUUGGUCUCCUGCACAAAGACCUUCAUCAGCAGGGCAUUGUGGGAAGUAUAUGCCACUUAGCCAGCACUGUCAUUUCUGUGGCACCUUUGGACAUUGUAGACUCUGCUGUGGCCAAGACAACACAACGGAAAAAAUCUGGAAAGGUUAUGCAAGAGGAUAACUUUUUCAGCAUAAAAGAUGAUUUGAUACUAUCCAUACAGAACAAGCCCAGCCAAUCUGGACAUGUAAAGGCAGAUUUGGACACAAAUGAGGGAGAUCCAGCAUCAAAUUUGACCUUUAAUCUUCGUUUAUCUGAAGCAGAAAGAGAAGCAAAGGAAAAAGUUGCUCUACCCUUUGUUUUUAGCCAAGAAAAGAAGUCUGCUUUGUUGAGGCCUAGUCAGAGUUCUGGACAGAUUAUGUAUGAACCUGAUGCCAGUGAUGAUUUUGAUGAAGAAGACCCAGACGAUGACCUUGAUGUUUAAAAGAUGUGUCAGAGCUACUGCUAAUGGUGGAUAAAACACUUAAACCUUUUACUGGUGCUAGAGAUAUGCAAACAAAAAAAUAUUAGAAAAACUUAUCUGCAAAAACCCUACCGUGUUAAAAAUAACAGCAUAUAAAAGAAGUGGCGGUUUUGAAACAGGUGUAAAUGACCAGCUGUUGCUUGCAUUUUUGUCCAUUUUGUUUAUGAACAAAAUAUUUCUGCAGUUUCCUUUUUUUAAUGGAGUAUUCCUAAUUAUGCUGUGAUAGUUGUUACAGAAAGUGGGUAAACAAACAGGUUGCUUUAUCAGUAAUUCUA